AUGCCCUUCAACGAGUACCCUUCCGGCGGCGCCCGCGAUCAGUGUCAGCGCAUGAAAAGCCUGACUCCGACAGGGGAUCGCAACGAGCUCUCCUCCCCUGCCCUAGCCACCGAUAAGUCCUCGAGCCCUGAAGCUCCUCAGACAGUCUUCACCGGCGAGUACCGGGCCCCGCUCCGCGACCGUCUGCGCGCAAUGCGCCAGGUACUCCACGGGAGCAAGAGCGGUGCGCCAAACGGUCCCGAGAAGCCUACGCUCACGCCCUCCCCUCUCGACCUAAACACCCCCUCUACCUCCCCUUCCAUCCCCUCCCCCCCUCCCCCCACACCCCGGCGCUCGCGUCCCACCCCCCUCUACCUCGGGACCUGUCCCGGCGCUCCCAUCAAGUCGCAGAAGUACCUCAACUUACCCAUCAGCAAGGCUGGCACUGACUCCGACGAUCUCCUCUUCGACCGCCGCGCGAACCAGCCUUCCCCGACAGAAGUCGCUACAAGCGCCCGACGCUCCGCAGACAAAGCCAACGAGCGUCAGCGCCGCCGCAUCACUACGCCCGGCGCGCCGUCACCUCUCCGCUCGAGCUUCAACGCGGAUGAGAUGGCGGAGCUGGCUGUGCAGCUUGAUGCUAUGACGAAGGAGAUGGCGGAGAAGAAGGAUGGAGAGAAGGCUGAGCCGGAGACGUUUGUUAUGGGGUUUAAACGCUCUGUGCGUUGAUCUGGUGAGUUGCGUUUCCUUACCUAUUUGACUUUCGUGUGUGUUUUACAUGCGAUGGAUAUUGGUAAGUAAGUAAGUGAGUCGAGGUAAGUGAGAAACGAUUUGAGUUGUUUCCCCUCGGUUUACCGGACGUUACGAGACGAUCGCAUUGCCUACCGUAAGUACAUACCUGAGUAAGUAAUACAUAUGUAGACUGUGUAAAUAGUUCACAUAGCCGGUCUAUGUCUAAUAUGAACAAAUAAAAGACUUUUCAUCGUAUCUCUAAUGAAUAUACG